GAAGCGUUGAGAAACAUUUCAGAGUGGAAUUAUGAAGCCUACAUUUUCAAAAUAUAUCACAAUGCGUCUUCAGCUGACUAAUGUGUUCCAAUUGCUGAUCUACAUGCGUCUCGCCUGCAGCUGCAGCAGCAGUAGUGCUAAUACCAGAUUUCAGGAGCUUCCCGAGGUUCACGGAACCAAGUUUUACUAUUUUGGAUAUGGCAGCAAUAUGCUGUCCAGUCGCAUACACAUAAACAACCCGACGGCAGUGAAAAUUGGACCGGCAUUGCUGCACAACUUCCGACUGGACUUUGCGCAAUUUACGCAGCGCUGGAAAGGAGCUGUGGGCACCAUUGUCCCCACUCCAGAUGCCGAGACGUGGGGCACUCUCUGGGAAAUAGAUCUCGUCAAUUUGCCAGACAUAGACAAUCAGGAAGGCGUCCACUUGGGGACUUAUGUGCCAUUGACUGUAAACGUGGAGCUGAGAAACAGAACAACAUUGCCGGCGCGUUGCUAUCACUUAGUUGAGCAGCCCGCAACAAAUCUCCACAACAUGGUGUGGGAUCAGGUGCCGGAUGCUCGUCAGCCGUCAAAGACAUAUUUGCAGUGUCUGGUAAAGGGCUCGAUAGAGAGUGGCAUUCCUAACGAAUAUGUGCAGUUCCUGCAGGCCAUCAGACACAAUGGACGAGUGGCUAAGGGCUUGGAAGAGAAGCUACAAUUGGCGGCUGUUGAACUUUUGCAGCAGCAAGAGAAGAAUCUAUUAAAUGGUGAUUGAACGACCUUGACAAGACAAUUGCAAUUUGACUGAUAAGUAGAAUUAAAUGAAAAGUGUUCCACAUUUUAGCAAAGUUUA